UCGAAAUCGUUUGUUUCACUUGUUGUUAGUUGUUGUUUGAAUGAUUAUGGGAAAUAUUUUAUACAAAAAAUGUCGUGAUCAUGGAAAUACUAGACGUGAAUAAACACGAAUCAGGCAGGAUAUGGCAGAGGAAGGCUUCCUCCUCGGAAAAUGGACUCAUUGUCACUAUCAGUCACACAACAUCAAAUGCUUUCUCUCUGCAAGGAAGAAGCAUUAGAUUUCUUCAUGCUGCCUUUAAUACUCUUGGAGAAGCAUUUGUAGCUUCAGACCAUCAGGGGAACCUUUACUUGUUUGAUCUUACCAAGAAUAAGUUUUCACUCAUUCAAAAGAUUGGAACGCCAUCUACUGCUCUGGCAUUUUGCCUUAGGCGUAAGAAUGAAGUUUUAGUGGCUUUGGCAGAUUACUCACUGAGAUGUUACGAUGUCGAGUCUCAUGAACUUGUGAGUUGGAUGAAAGGCCAUGAUUCAGCCAUACAUUGUAUAUCUAUCCAUGCAAGUGGUCGGUAUGCAUUAACCUCGUCAAAUACAGUUAUACAACUAUGGGAUCUGGACACAUUUACCAGGAAACGUACAUUGAAUGGUGCACAGACAGUUGGUAUACAAAGGGGUUUCUUUCUACCACUGAGCAACACAAUCAUCACAUGCUUUAAAGAUGACAGUAUCUUUGCUUGGGAUUCCGAGAGUCUUCAGUGUAAGUACCAGUUGCCGAUUCCUCCAGACGAUGGGAAGAACCCUCACUAUAGGGACUUGGCUACACCAAGAGAUGGCCGCAUACUUGUGGCAGGUGGGAGGUCACGAUUCCUACAUGUGUGGAACCUGGAAACAAAGAAUCUUUUGCAUGUAAUCCAGCUUCCUACCAAGAUAAGAAUUGUUAAGCAAGUAGAGUUUGUUUCAGACAGUUUUGAUGGUGGCUCUAGUCAGACUUUAGGUGUUCUAGCUCAGGAUGGUGCUUUGCGGUUUAUUGAUGUCCACACUUGUAAGCUGCUGUUAGACAUUGGUGGUAAUGAGCAGAUGAUUAACAGCAUGGUGUUCAGUCCAAAUGGACGGUACAUUGUGACUAUGAUGGAUAAUGGCAACAUCAAUGUAUACAGCACACCAGCAUUAACGCAACUGAACAAGCCUCCUGCUCCUGUAGUCAAAGCAGUGAUUGAUGACCGACCAGGAUCAAAAUCAUCAACCAAGUCAUCUUUGUCACUAUCUGGGUCAAAGAAAAUUAACAAAGACAAAGUAGUCACCAGAAAAAUUCCAAGGAAUAUUAAUGGCAGGAAAGAAUCACCGUCUGUUGGGGAACAAGACAUGUCCAGCUCUUGGACAGUACCUGAUUCAGGGCUUGAGAGUGAACUUCCCGAGGGCUUAAGUCGUACCCGCCUGAUGUCAAUAUUACGUGGAUAUGGAGAGUAUCCAUCUAAAUACAGGAUGUUUAUCUGGCGUUCUCUUCUCAAGCUACCAGAGAAUCACUCUUGCUACAGUAGCCUGGUAGAUAAAGGAGUCCACAGUGCUUAUGUGCGAGUUCACGAAGAAUACCCUAUCAAGAGCAGAAAGCUUCUCCGAGUAUUACAGAGGACGUUGUCUUCAUUAGCUCACUGGUCUGCUAUAUUCGGAGAGGUUGAUUAUCUGCCAUUGCUGGUGUUUCCCUUCGUAAAGCUGUUCCAAAACAAUCAGCUAAUCUGCUUUGAGAUGGUUGCUUCCAUCUUAGUCAACUGGUGCCAACAUUGGUUCGAAUACUUUCCCAACCCUCCUGUCAACGUGCUAGGAAUGGUAGAGAAUGUUGUUGCUCAUCAUGACAAAAAACUAAUGCAACACUUUGUGAACUACAAUGUCACUUCCAAGAUGUACGCAUGGCCUUUACUCCAGACAUUGAUGUCCGAGGUGCUGACCAAGGAGGAAUGGUUACGCGUGUGGGAUAAUGUCUUCUCUAACCAUCCAUCAUUUCUUUUAAUGGUCGUUGUCGCUUACGUCACAUCAUCGCGGAAGGCCUUGCUGCAGUGUACCGAGAAGGAAGACUUUGAGUACUUCUUUCAUAAUCGUAACGCACUCGACAUCAAUGCUGUCAUCCGUGAAGCUUAUCGCCUGCAAGAAAACACGCCAGCGGAUAUCCACCCUAAGAGAAUGCUCGAGCCGUUUGCACCGCUGACCAAAGGACAGUAUCCUGUGUUUAAUAAGUAUCCUAAAUUUGUGGUGGACUAUCAGGUUCAAGAAAGAGAGAGAAUUCGUCAAGAAGAGCUUGAAUAUCUGCGUCAAAGGCAAAUUGCGCGCGAGAUGAAAGAACAAACAGAACAGCGCCAAGCCGAGGAAACCGCUUUUUACAGGCAACAAGAUUUGAUGUUAGAUGCCGAGGAUCAGCGAAGAAAGAUGAUCGCUGAAGAAGAGACAAAACUAUUGGACCAAAGAAGAAGACUUCAAGCGAUGAAGAGAGAAGUUCAUUUGCGCGAGCUUCAGCUACUUGACGCUGCUCGCAGGCGCCAUUUGCAUUAUCAACAGAACCAACGCGAGGCUGAACUGAGAAGACUCGACGAUGAGAUUGAAAGAAAGGCGUUGCUGCGAGAACAAGAAACAGAGGCUGCUGUUGAAGAUGCUGAUAUCAAAGCCCUCGAGCUUCAAGCUCAAAAAGAAAUGCUACAACAGGAUAUGAUUCGCGACGAGCUUCAGACUUCUUUCAAACAGCGCACAGAACUAAACACUCAUCGCCAGCAGCAAGAACUUGAGGGUGAUUUGUUUAGACGCACUCUUGAUGUCAUGCAAGAAGUUGAUCUCGACUCUCAAAGAAUUGCUCAAGAAGAUCUGGCAAAAGUGCAAAACAAGAGACAAAACCUUGAAAAGGAAGAAGAAGUUUGUCUUAAAACGAGACUUGACGACAUGGAAAGAGAGCUGGAUCGAGUCAAGAUAACAAGACGUGCGUUAGAGAACAAAGAAAGAGAAGAUGAACUACAGACGCUGACUCGUCAACUGGAAAAUAAAGAGAACGACAAGGCGGCUUCAGCAAUGUCAAAGUUGAGGCAGUGGAAGGUGCAAGCAGCAAAAGAAGAUAACCGACGUGCGCAGAUGUUGAACCAUUCAUCACGUGAUAUACUCAGUAGAAGCGAAGACGAAUCGUUUGAGAAAUUGAGAGAAAUUCGUCGACCUCAAGCCAGAAGACCCAUGAGCAGCAUAACAAGUAAUACAAGUACUGAGGCUGAAGAUACUGAAUUCAGUACACCAAGAAACGACUCCGGACCGUCAAUAGAACGAAAGAGAGCAACAUUCGAGAAACGUGAAAUGGAACUGAUGUCUGAAGUCAGAGAUUUGCGCAAGCGUCUUGCUGGGAGAAGAAACAAGGUUCCUCCAGAAUAUCCUACCUCUGACUCCAAUACAUCAUUGCAAUAAACACUUCACAACCACACUAUUUAUUGUCUGGCCGGUACAAUUUUUUUAGUGAGUUUAUAAGGAGUGAUAAAACUACGGUGGACAGGACAGGACGAAUAAAGACUAAUGGCUUUUAUCUGCAUCUUACUUAGCUACAUCUCGUAAAUAACAAACCGUUAUAAGUCAUAGUAUACUGUCUUAAGUGUCGAUCCUAGUGAUUUACGACUCACACUAAUGACAGCUGAGAAGGCGACUUACCCAUCUCCUGCUCUCCUGUACCAACUUGAAUCUCAGUGAGAUUCACUAUUUGCCCUGGUUUGCGACCGUCUUAAUUUAGUUUUAGGCAUCUCGAUUUUUAGUUUGCUUUUUUGAGUUUUAAAAAAAACUAUUACAUUUCUAUUUGGGAAAUUGUUUGAUUGAUGGUUUACUUCACAUGCGUUUGUCGGGAGAAAGCCUAUAUACCUUUGGAUUUGUGAGGUUAUAAGCAUGUAAAUAUACUAUGGAAAACUCGUUUUUUAAUAAAAACCCGCAAUAUAAAAUAAA